CGUACGCCACGCUUAAGGCAAACAUUGUAUUGAACAGUCUCAGCUGGGGGGUGAGCAAGUAUAAAAAGUUUAGUUUUCGUAUUCAACCGUUUUUGCGAAACAUCUAAUUUUAAACUAGGUGAUUACGCAUUAUAUAGUUAUAUAAGCAGAAUAUUUGCGGAUUAUGAAGGCACUCGAAUUGAGUGAUGAUAGUAUAAAAAACAAAAGAAGCAAUGAGACGUGUGAAUAUAAAGUGAGACAUGAAAAUAUGUAAGAAAUAGUUCAUUUGUGAAUAGAUCUUCUAGGAAUUGAAAAUAAAAUCUUUGUUAUCCUAAAAAUCACAAGGCAGUGGUACAACCUUAAUCUUGGAAAGAUUCGAAGAAAAAUAUAAAAUAGCAAAAGAAGUCAUUUUACUACUAUCCAACACUAUUUAAAAUAAUAGUAAAUCGUCAAGAAUUACUUGAACUUUCGCCGUAUAGAGUGAAAACCCUUUAAAAAUAAAAAAACAAAAAGAAAUCGAAAACUAACAGGAUUACUGGACUACUUAUCGGAAUGUUUAUAAUUAAAUAAUACUCACGAAUCUCAAAUAUUGUUAUUGUAGUAGUGAAAUUUCGUUCCUACUUUCCCUAUUGUUGACAAGUUCUCUUUUUCUCGCCUAUAAAUUGAAUAAAACACGUAGCCGGUUUGCGGUUGUUGUUAUUAUUUAUCAAUAAUAUAUUAGCAAUAGUUUUUAAGAAUUUUUUUUAAUUGAAUCAUUAUAUAAUGUCUAAGCCCAUAACAUUCGUUACUGGUAAUGCAAAAAAAUUAGAAGAGUUAAUAGCAAUAUUAGGACCAAAUUUUCCCCGUAAAAUUGUUUCACAGAGGAUUGACUUACCAGAAUUACAAGGUGAGAUUUUAGACAUAGCUGUCAAGAAAUGUAAAAAGGCAGCGUUGUGUGUCAACGGUCCUGUGUUAGUAGAAGAUACAUCUCUCUGUUUUAACGCUCUCAGGGGUUUGCCAGGUCCGUAUAUUAAAUGGUUUCUCGAAAAGUUGGAGCCCGAAGGUUUGCAUAAACUUUUGUCCAGCUGGGAUGAUAAAUCAGCUCAGGCUAUUUGUACACUCGCCUUUGCAGAAAGUCAGCAAUCGGAACCUCAGAUUUUCCAAGGUAUAACGGAGGGCGUUAUUGUCGAGCCGCGUGGAAGCAGAGAUUUCGGUUGGGAUCCAAUUUUCCAACCCAUUGGCUACAAUAUGACUUACGCUGAAAUGCCGAAAGAAGAGAAAAAUAAAAUUUCGCACCGCUUCAGGGCAGUAAAUGCUUUUCAAAAGCAUUUCAUAGGCGAUUAGUGUAUAAGCUCAAAAUGUAUCGGCUGUUAUUGAUUAUGUCCACUAAAAAGUAUUUAUUUAACAUUUAGUAGUAAAUAUUAAAAUUGAUAC